AUGUCAUCAUCAUCAUCUGCAUCUUCUUCAUCAUCGGUUUCAUAUGCUAAUGCUGUCGCAAAUGGAACUACUACUAUUACUACUAAUAAAAAUGAAGAUCACCAACGGUUGACUAAUCAUGAUGAAAUAAAUAAAUCAUCAAAUACAAAUCAUACUAAAUCAAAGAAUAAUGAUAAUGAUUCAUCAUCUUCUUCCGCUCAGAAUUCAACUUCAAUUCCAUCUGCAUCCACGCCUACAUCUACGGCCUCAAAAAAAUCAUUAGCUCCUGCUCCAGUACCUGCAAAAAGCGUAUGGGGAAAUGUUUCAUCAUUAUCGAGUACAAUUUCAAAUUUAUCUGUGGAUGAAUCAAAAUGGCCAACACCUACUGAAAAAUCAGAAACUGAAAAUCAACAACCUCAAAAAUUUAUAAAACAAUCAUAUAAUACAAAAUGGGUUCCAAUUAAUGCAAAAGUCACUUUAAAUACUUCAAAAACUUCAUCUACAUCUCAACCAAAAAGAAGUAGAAAGCAAAAGUCAAGUAAAAAAAGUCAACAUACUCCAUCACAACCAAAAAAGAAAGAAGAUGAGGUAAAGGAAAGUGUUAAAAAAGAUGAAGAAGAAGUUGUAAAACAAGAUGAAAAAUUAGAAUCUAAUAUGGAGGAAGAAGUUUCCGAACCUAAGCAAUUUCAACCUCAACCUCAACCUCAACCUCAACCUCAACAACAAUCUCAACAACAACAACAACAACAACAACCAAGACGUUUCGUAAAUAAUGGUAAUUUUAAUGGUCAACAACAGAAACGUUAUAAUAACAAUAAUCAAUUUUAUCAACCACAACCAUUUACACGUUUUAGAAGAUCUCAAAAUCCACAAAAUACUCAACAACAAUCAAAUAAUCAAAAACCUUAUAGAAAUGGUGGAUUUAAUAGAAAUCAACAUCAACAACUUUUACCAUCUCAUAUGAUACCUAUGUUUAUACCUUAUCCACCAAUGCAACCUAUCCCUGUUCAAAUACCACCACCAAUAUCACCAAAACAAGAUCCACAACAAGCUUUAAUUCAACAAAUAGAUUACUAUUUUUCAUUAGAAAAUUUAAUUAAAGACUUAUAUUUAAGAAAAAAUAUGGAUUCACAAGGUUAUGUUGAAUUAAAUUUGAUAUUACAAUUUAAAAGAAUUAAAAUUAUAAUAAAUGGUUUAAUGAAUUCAUUAGAAGAAAAUAGUGAAGAUGAAGAAAAAAUUAUAUUAGAUUCAAUUAAACAAUGUAAAAAUUUGGAAAUUAAUUAUGUAAAUGGAGAUGAUAAUUUGUCUAAUGUUCAAUUAAGAGUAAAAGAAAAUUAUCAACAAUGGUUACUACCAAAUAACAAUUAA